AUGCCCCUAAAAUCCCAUUGUUCUAAGUCGCCCACCCAUGGUGUCCUAUAUGAUAAUACGAGGAAGCUUGUUGAGGAUCUGGAGAUAGUUAUCAGAAGGGGAAUCAAGGGUUGUACUCGUGUUCACUUCAAUGUAAAACUUGAUUAUAAGAAUUUCGUCUGGGAUAAGAAUUGUGCGGAUUUUAGGAAACUUUUGAAGGAGGUGAGGGAGAUUCGGGUUGCAAUUGAUCGGAAUUUUCCAAGAGAAGAAGUGACUUUUGAUGGGCAUAUGGCGAUUGGACGGACCCUGCAACAUUAUAAUCUUCUUACAGAGCCUCUUCAGAGCUUCCAGCGCGCUGCGGAUUUGAGGCCGAUUGAUGUUUGGCCUCAAUUCGAAGUAGGCAAGUGUUUAAGUGAUUUAGGGAGGUGGGAUGAGGCUAAGGAGAUGGGUCGGUAUCAUAGAGCAGCAGAGUUGUAUGGGAGAGUUGGGUUUCCGGCAAACUUUUGGCGAGUUCAGGCAAACCAAGUAGUCUCAUUGUGCCGAGCAGGGGAAAUUGUGGAUGCGAGGAAAGCGUCGAAAGAAUUGAGGAAGGGCCUCCACAAGAUGACAGGCGCUGCUGAGGUAUAUUCUACAUUGAGAUAUAUGGUUGAUGCAAAUGAUCAUCAGUUGCAGAAGAAGAUGAAGAAGAAGAAGAAUCAUGGUGGCCUCUUGAGUAGUACAUUAGCUAAAUUCAAAAGGGCAUGUGAGAAAACCAUAAGAAGGAAGUGUCUUGCCGAUGCCCUUAUUCGUCACAACAAGGAGUUCCAGAGGAACACUAAACUUAAUCUUUUUAAAGAAAUUAAUCAAAAAAUUUUGUCAGUCUUGGAUUCUACCAGGUCUGGGCGAGUGGAAUUUGGCAUGUUCUAUGCUGUCAUUGCUCCCACCUGUGCUGGGGAACCAAAGAAUUGCAAGCGUGCCGCCUUUGAUGCUCUAUUAUGGCAGUCGAGGAGGAAGGAGGGUCGAGAUGUGAUGGAAAAGGUUGAUGCUUUGAAGUAUAUGAGGUACUUGAGACUCCUUUAUUUCCCUUCUCAAGGAUGUAGUACUACCGACCAAUUGGUAGGCCAUGUAGAAGAGGAGAACACAAUGAUUUCAUUUUGCAGUAGUAGCAGGGAGAGGGUUCUAUGA